GGGUUUUUAUAUAGGAUUGGGUGAAAGGGUAAAAUGAAAAAACCCGAAAGACUAAUUGAGAAAACGGGUCGGGUCAAAUUUUGCUUCUUUUUCUAUUAAGCAGAGAACAGCUCCAGUAAUCUGAAUACAGAAGCAGCAAAAAUAUGUCAGUGACACUUCAUACAAAUCUAGGUGACAUCAAGUGCGAAAUCUUCUGUGAUGAAGUGCCAAGAACAGCAGAGAAUUUCUUGGCGUUAUGCUCAAGUGAUUAUUAUGAUGGGACCAUAUUUCAUAGAAACAUAAAGGGUUUCAUGAUCCAAGGUGGUGAUCCAACUGGUACUGGGAAAGGUGGGACAAGUAUUUGGGGAAAAAAGUUCAAUGACGAGAUAAGGGAGUCUCUCAAGCACAAUGCAAGAGGGAUGUUGGCAAUGGCCAACAGUGGCCCUAAUACCAAUGGGAGUCAGUUUUUCAUUACGUAUGCCAAGCAACCACAUCUCAAUGGAUUGUACACCAUCUUCGGGAAAGUGAUACAUGGAUUUGAGGUUCUUGAUCUCAUGGAAAAGACUCCAACAGGACCAGGUGAUAAACCCCUUGCCGAGAUCAGGCUCAACCGGGUGACCAUUCAUGCUAAUCCACUUGCUGGCUGACAUACUUUUGAAGCAUGCCAAAGCAGUAUGUGUAAUCUCAUUGUUCGAGUUGUUGAUCAUGGUGAGUUCUUUGGACUAUUGCUAUGGUCAACCUUCAUUUCCAACCAACUUACCGGUAGAUAGAGAGUAGUUAAUGCGGGAUGAUGAUAGUAAUGGAACUUCCUUUUAGUUGAACUGUUGAUCUUCCUGAAAACACAAUCUUGAAAUCUCCAGAUUACAUAUCUACAGUUUAUAUGUAUGAACGGUUGGAUAUACUGUUGAUCUAUGAAAAAUUUGAAGAUCUAUGGAGUGUAAAUGCAAAGUUUUUUUUUUUGU